CAGUAUGUGUGUGCAGCGGGAGGCGGCCGGCUGUGCCUCACACCACGCUCUCAACGGCGCCUCACAGCAGCAAAGAAAAAUUGUGACCCUUGGUGAACUCUGACCGAGGAGUGAAGAGAGGCAGUGCGCGGCGGUGUGUGGGCGGCAGGCGCUGCUGGCGUGUCAUCACACCCCAUCUUAUUUUUUUUUUUUUUUUUUUCUUAGAAAGAAAGCUAAACUUACAGUCAAGACUUUGCCUUACAAAUUUUUAUUUAUUUUUUUAUUUAUUUUUUUUCUUCGUAGAGGAUUCAGGCAAAUCAGAGUGUGUGGAAUGGUGUGAGUGAAAUGUCACAGACCAGAAGCGUCACCCAAGUUGAGGACGAAAGUGCGAGGCCCUGGUAGUACGUGAGCACAGUAGCGGCGCAGCGGUGGUUACGUCUUGACUGAUAAUGAGAAGGCUACAGGAGGCCUGUGUGAGGCCGGGCGGCUCGAGGAGGCUUAGUGACAGGACGGCUUCUCAAGUGACGCAGGCGAGAAGCGUGUUGGUUGUCAUGUGUAGGAUCGUGGAACAUCAGAGACCUCAAGAAAUAUGAACCUUGUUCGCCUUGGGUAGUGUGACUAGUGACUUCUUCCGGCGCGAGUGUGUGUGUAUAGUGGCAGUGUGGCGACAUGGAUCACCACUUCCCCGUCAGGAGGCCGGGACGCGGCUACUCCAGAAUCAAAACAAACGGUUCGCUACCUCGAGACAAGCGCCUGCCCUCCUCACCACCUCCGACUGGCUUGCCCACCACACCCACCUCCUCGCCCACACCCACCCCGCCUGCCGCCUCAUCCCUCUCAGGCUCCAGCCUCAAGACACCAACCACCAACUCAGAGGAUGAGCUGAGUGCCAUCUUCAGCUUUGACCACAGUGACGUGAUCAGCCCAGGCAACCGCACUGCAUCCCUUACCAGAAGUGGAACUUUACCGAGCUACCAUCCCUUCCCCAAUCCUGCACCACUACAAGUUCCUUCUCAUUCCCCGAGUCCUAGCAGUCCAAAGAGUCCCUAUGAGAAUGUCAGUCCUUCAUACCUCACCUAUCCCAUGCCUCAGAGUCCUCGCACUCGCAUCAAGACCAUUGUGGGCAAGGAGAGGGCAGACAGGAGGGACAACUGUGAGAUCAUAGAAAACAGAAUGGCCAUAUCAGAGUUCCAAGGAGGAGCAAGUGAAUGUAAGAAAAUCAGGAGUCCCAGAACCACAAAGGAGAGUGCAAGGAACAAGGAGAACCGUAGUCCCUUCAUGCGAUCUGACCCUCUGAAUUCUCCAGAAGCCUUGUCACCACCACCAAGGCCUCCAAGGUCCCCUAGAAUAGAGAGAUCUGUGCUCGGGGACUCUCCUACCCUUAACAAAAUGAACAACAACACCAGCAGUUUAUCAAGGGAUUCUGAUGCUGCUGGUAUUCAUAUGUCAAGCUCUGUGUGUAGUGAAAUUUUGGCAAGAACUGAGGAAAGAGUGCAUACUUAUGAAAACAGCAGCUGUCAUGUCAUGGUGCAGAGUAGGCUAGGCUGUUCAAAAGACACUGUUGAUCACUCCAGAGAUCCUCAUGUGCCCACUAGUCCCAGAGAUAAGUCAGAAACAGGUGCAUCUGGAUAUGAUGCUACAGAAGAUGAGGAAAGAGGAUGCAAUAAGGUUUUAGAAGAGCACAUUAUCAAAAAUAUUCAAGACACAUUUAAUAUUGAUGAUGUGCCUGGGGAGAUAGAGCGCCUGAGGGGCAUCAAGAAUGAGACUCUUCAGUCUGUCACUGAUCUCAAACGAAGCGUCACUGAGCUAGAAAACACAGAGGAUGAGGCUCUCAGAGAGCUUGAGGUGGAGAGAGCACUACUGGAGGGAGAGCUUGCUCCGCAGAGAGAAAAAGCUGCUAUGGAAGAGGAACGUUUGGCUGCCCUGUUGCAGAAAAGUCAGGAGCUGGAGGAACGCUGCAAUCAGGAACGACAUCAUCAUCAGGAAGCCAUUGAGGCCUGUCGGUCACGACUGGAGGAAGCUGAGAGAGACUUGGACCAGUUGGAGAGCAAGAGUGAAAAUUUUACUGGCACAACAGAUGAGGAGACUGAGAUGUUGGAGACCUUAAAGGCUCAGCAUGAAGCAGUGGAAGCAGAACGCAAGUUUUUCUUUUUCUAUAUUCGGUGGAAGAAGGCGAAGAAAGUGUUUGAAGACACAGAGUUUCACCAGAUGGAGGCUGAGGCUCACCGAGAGGCGGAGAGAGAGGAGCUCAACAAGGAGAUUGCAGAAGUGAGAGAAAAGUUAACUUGUCGACAUGAAAGGAUUGCUGAGUUAGAGAAACAAAUGUCAGAGAUGACCCAUACUGUGAGGCAAGAGACAGAGAUUUUAGAAAAGGAACGUCAAGAUCUCCUAUCAAAAAUAGCAAAGGAGCGAGGGCAGCUGACAGCAGCUGAGCGCCGGCUGGGUGAACUCAUCCGCUUGGGGGUCGUGCCUUCUAACGGCCAGAGCUCCCCCACUUGUUCAUCAGACACGGAGGAGAGUGGCGGAGCUGAGCUAGUGGAGCGGCUCUCCCGCCUGCAUCUCUUAGACCGUUCUCAGGAAGACCUUGACAGAAUACAUCAGGUCACCUCAUCCACUCCUCUGGGCUGUCCAGAUGGCUCCCUCGGCCGUAAGACCUCGGCAACACUCAUGGAGAUUGAACGUAACCGGCAGCUGCUCCUGGCAAAGCAAGGAACCUUAGUCAUUGAGAAUGAGAGACGUCGGGUGGAAGAGCUGAAGCGACGUGUAGCAGAUGAGGUGAAGGCCCAGUGGGAAGAGAGGAAGGCUAAGGAGCAGAGGGAUGUGAAUUGUGCUUCUUUGAAUAGUGUUGGCUCAGAGGACUCCUCCCUAACUUCCUCUGAUCUCCACACUGAAAGAUGAGACAGCGGGAGAGUGGCGAGGUGGCGAGUGGUGGGGAGGACGGGCGGGCCCUGAGCGAUGCCUCGUCGUGCUGUGACCCCGCGGAGGCAGCUGUCAAGUACCGCGAGAGAGCCAGGACUCAGCAACGACCUUUGACAAGAUACCUGCCAGGUGCGUAGUGAGCAGCACUUUGACCUCAAGCAACACAUUGAGAGUGCUGGCCACCAGAUUGAACUCUGCCCAUUCAUCAUUGUCACAGCCACAGCCUGCCGUGGCUAUCUCCACAAACUGGGCUCAAAGUUCCGAACGUGGCAGAAGAGAUGGUUUGUGUUUGACCGAUCAAAGCGAGCACUCAUGUAUUACAGUGACAAAAA